UCCGCGGGUACAUACACACAAGUAACUGAAAUACAGGUAACAGAACCAGUGCUUACAGAAAUACGGGAAGCUGAAACGCGGGAAGAUGAAGUAGGUGCAGCAGAAAUCUGGUUAUAUAGCAAUUAUUAAGUGGCUGAAAUUCGGCUAAUAGGAGUAUUCUGCAGAGAAACACGUGUUAAGCAAACUGGUGAAACAAAAAAUGAUAGAUAUUCAAUAAUUCAUGUCAACGGACAUAAAAAUAGUUAAAAUAUUGCCCAAAGUUUCGUAAAAUCUCAUUCUUUUACACAAUGACUGUUCUGUCAAAGGGACGUAACUCCACGAUUCAGUAGGUAUUUCAGCCUUCCAUAACUGUGGUUUCAGGAACAGGUUGUUUACCAUGUCGUUCGUUGCAGCCAGAGGCCUGUCACUUCUUUCCAAAUCGGUGGCGCGAUCUUGCACCAGGACACUCAAAUCGUCCCCACCGAUACAGGCCUGGAAAGUUGGCAAGGUGAACCACAUCGCCAUAGCAGUGCCUGAUCUGGAGAAAGCCACCAGUCUGUACCGAGAUGUACUGGGAGCCAGAGUCAGUGACCAGCAGCCACUGCCAGACCAUGGCGUCAACACAGUGUUUGUGGAACUUGGGGAUACAAAGAUAGAGUUGCUGAACCCACUGGGAGACAAGAGCCCAAUACAGAACUUCCUUGACAAGAACAAGGCUGGAGGGAUGCACCACAUCUGUAUAGAGGUUGAUAAUAUUAAAGAAGCAAUGAAGGACUUGAAGUCAAGAAAUAUUCGCUGUUUGACAGAAGAUGCCAAAAUUGGAGCUCAUGGAAAGCUUGUCGUAUUCCUACACCCAAAAGACUGCAAUGGAGUUCUUUUGGAACUGGAGGAAGCAUAGCCAAGAAGGAGAAGGGGUUGGUGGGAGGGACCAAGAGGUACUGGUCGUGUUCCUGAGAUUAGGGAUGAGAUGGGUUGGUGGACAGGGGUUAAGAGGUGAGAGGAAAUGGGUUUUGGGAGGGUAUAAGAGGAGAGCGGGGUUGGUGGAUUUAGCUGAGAGAUGAGGUGGUCUUUUCUGGAAUGGAUGGGGAGAUGGGUUUGGUGGAUGGGGUAACUGAGAUUAGGGAUGAGCUGGGUUGCAGGGCUAAGAUAAGAGGAGAGUUUGCCUUCUUGGAAGGUGGUAAGGGGGAUUUGGGCUGGUGGAGGAGGGAGUGUGGUUUGUUGUGGGGGAUAAGAGAGGGGAAUAGUUGCGUGUGACUGUGGUAGAGCUGAAAGCAUUGAUAUUAGUAUUAGUAAGUUCUAUGGCCAAAAUGGCUUUAUGUGAGCCCUUAUAACACACUGUGAUAGGUGUACGUAUGUAACUGUCCUGCUGUUGAAAAUAUAUGUAUGUACAUGUG